GUCAGAGUAAUGCACAGCCUUUCCGAUUCGAGGACUUACCGGUUGAGGUCCAACUCCAAGUUGUACAACGUAUCCCCACUGACCCAGAACUGCUGCAGCUUCGACUGGUGUCUUCAGGGAUAGAUGCCCUGGUACUGGAGCCAGUAUUCUGGUGCGAGAUCGCCUUCUCGAAGCGGCUCUGCUUUAAGGCCGGCCACGGGCCGAGAUCUCAUCGCACAGCCAUGGGCACCAGUAGCACAGACCGUGGGUCAUCUAUAGGAUCACUCUUUUAUCAUAAUUCUGAUGCCAAUAUCAUGGUGCAUCGGCAGUCGUGGGCGGCCUCGAUGAUGCAGCAUCCUACGGUCAGAGAUAUGAUAUCGCCGACAGAACCCUCUCUGACGAUCACGGCCAAUAUGCCAGGAAUUCUACAUUCAGGACCUCUUCGGUUGGCUUCAGAAAGAACCCAUCCGUCCGCACCUUUGGAGGGAUUGUCGCCGUCCUGGUCAAGCAUUGAGGAUUCAUUUCUGAUGUUCAUAUCCCGUCUUUCUUCCAGGGCCAGGGCAGCCCAUGGAAUCCACAGGAUCAGUGUCGAGGAUUGGGAAGGAGAAGCUACGAUGGCGCCUUUGUGGAUCGCAUUCCAGGCGUUCGAUACUCUGACAGAUCUAUCGAUCAGGAACUCGGUCCUCAAAGAGCUAAAGCCAGCAACUCUUUCUUCGGAUGUCUGCGCGCCAGCAUGCUAUUGGGAACAGUUAACUCGUCUGGAUUUAACAGGAUGUAGACAACUAUGCAACCUCUCCGGGAUCCUUCAAUGGAUGCCACACCUGCAGGAUCUCAGUCUCGUGGAGUGUUCAGAACUCUUGGAUUUCACGCCCCUGACCCGUCCUGGACCGACUGAUGAUAGUAAUAGGGACCUGGAGUAUCGAAGGAUUAAUCUGACACAAACAAAGAUCCAUGACGCGGAGCUUAUCGAACUGUUGAAACGAUCGCCACACCUCCAGGAACUGCGGCUUGACCAGUGCUAUGAACUCACAGACGCAUCGAUAGUGACCAUCGGUCGCGGAAGCCAAGAAUCCGCAGCAUCAACAUUAACAUCAAUACCAGAGGGGCCUAUAGCUGGUAAGAGUCAAGCAGAUGCGGACAUGAUGGUUAACGAUCAAGAUCAGGACCAGAGCAAGACGGUAUCGACCAGCUCGUACUGCCCAGCACUGAAAGUCCUGUCGCUCAAGAACUGUUACGACCUAGGAGAAGAAGGUGUACGGGCUUUAGCAGGAUGUCGUCAACUUGAAUUGUUGAUAGUCCGAGGUCUGCGAGGUGUCAACGAGCAGACAAUUGAGUGGCUGCAUGCUCAGGGAGUUCCGCUUCGGAAGGCGUUGAGUCCACUGGGCCAGUGGAGGCAUUGGAGUUUUUAGU